GUAGGCCUUCCAUGCGACAUCAUUGCGGCAUACUACAUAUGUACUAAAGGUAAUCCACAUCCCAGGUAACCUAUUAUACGGUGUUGUAGUUUGCUGGGUAUAACCUCAAUGUAACCUGGAAAUACGAGAUCGCGUCAGGUCUUGGCAGACAUGAUCUACCUCACUCUAUCCUCGCCCUAUUCAGCGGAGAUAUAAGGCUGCCUGUAGUCUUCUCACUCCCAUCAUGUAUCCUCUCAAGCUUCAGGAAUACCACUUCCCUUGUGCCACUCAACUAUCGACAAGAUGCGUGUAAACGCCUCCCUGUUGGCCCUGCUUCUCGGCGCCUCCGACAAUGUUUGGGGUGCCCAAGUUCCCUCGCGUCGUGAUCUCAAUGAGACCGCGAAGCUCGUCGAUAACCCCACGCCAAGACGGUUCAUCGUCGAGUUGAAGUCGCGCGCUCAGCGCGCCCAUAUUUCCUCGAAAGUCGCCGGGCUUUCCGGACUCCGUGUUGUCAAGGAAUUCGACUCCGACCUCUUCCCAGGAAUGAGCAUUCAAUGCGACAGUCAUUGCGAUGAAGAGUCGAUUACGAGCGCCCUCGACGCGGAUGAAGAUGGCCCUGUGGUUGCAUCAGUGUAUAAGUCUUCUAUCAUGCGUCUCCUGCCGCAUGCGAUAGAGGGUGAAUCUUAUAGCGAUGAUGCGGCCGCUAAGAACUACUCAGUCCAUGGCUCAACGGGUGUCGAGAAGCUUCAUCUAGCCGGCAUUAUCGGAGAGGGAGCUACGGUUGCAAUUGUUGACAGUGGUAUCCAGUACACUCACCCUGCACUUGGUGGUGGAAUCGGACCCAACUAUACUGUUAUUGGUGGCUAUGACCUUGUUGGCAAAGAUUGGCCCGACGUCCCGGCCGAGCCAGACAAUGAUCCUAUGGACGAAUACGGCCAUGGAACUCAUGUUGCUGGAAUUAUUGCUGGCAAGAGUGACCAAUUCGUCGGUGUUGCCCCUGGUGCCAAAUUGCUCUCCUUUAAAGUCUUUGGUGAUACUGGCUACUCAAAUGAGGAAAUAGUCAUUGAAGCGUUUCUCAAGGCUUUCGAUUCAGGGGCCGAUAUCAUCAGUGCCAGUCUCGGAGAGACCAGUGGCUUUACUUCCAAUGCUUGGGCUGUGCUGGCUUCAAGAAUGGUGGAGCAAGGCGUGGUUAUUUCUAUCGCCGCCGGUAACGAUGGCGCAAGUGGUCCAUUUGAUGCUAGCAACGGGGCGUCAGGCAAGAAUGUUAUUACCGUAGGAGCUGCUGAGCCGGGUGAGUUUCCUGCCCAAGCUUUCUCGGCCGACUUCAACCUCGACGGCCAGUCAAACAAGACUCAGCUUGCCUACCUACCUACCAGCACCGCUUUCCCCAGUACCGUUUUGGGCUGGCCUAUCAGACCAGUGACGCUCAACGCUUCCGUGGAAAAUGACGCCUGCCAGCCGCUACCGGCUGAUACCGCCAGCUUCAAUGGGUCCAUCGCACUGGUGAGAAUUGGUGGAUGUACCGCUACUGUCAAGCACACCAAUAUUGCGGCCUUCGGCGCUCAGUACAUCUUGUUCUAUAACGAUGACGGAUUCUACUCAACAUUGUCUAGUGGCAAUACUACGGGUCUAAUAGCAUCCGUAGAAGAACGCGCAGCUGCAGCUAUCAUUGAGACCAUUGUCGCGGGUGGCAACGUUACCGCCUCAUUCGAUAUCACCACUGGCAAUUACGUUGGAUUAUACAAUUCUGGAGGUGGGCGCCCGACCAGGUUUACUUCAUGGGGAGGUACCUACGAUCUUGCGCUUAAGCCCGACGUCGUUGCACCGGGUGACAAGAUCCUUUCCACGUAUCCGACCAACCAAUACCGAGUCCUCAGCGGCUCAUCGAUGGCAACCCCCUAUAUUGCUGGAGUCGCAGCCUUGUGGGUUGGCAAGAAUGGUGGGCGUGCAGCUCAUGCAUCGGAUCCUGCCUGGGCCAAGCGUCUGACUGCACGCAUUAUGGGUACAGCACGCGCCGUUGCGUGGGCAGAUUGGGCCACGAGCUCUGCCGACUAUGGGUUCUGGGCCCCCGCCGGACAAGUGGGUGCUGGCUUUGUCGACGCAGAACGCGUUCUUGGAUACACUACUGAGCUCGGCUUCGAGGGUCGUAAGUUCGAGCUCAACGACACGACGCACUUUGCGGGCACGCAUUCUGUGGAUAUCAUCAAUCUUGGCACUGAGCCUGUCACGUACAACUUCUCGCUGCAAGACGCUGGUGGCUACGAUGCUUGGCUUCCUGUUGUGCCGGGCAAGCCGCAGUCAUUUGUCCCUGAGAUCAAGCUGUACCCUGAUGUUUUCCCCGUUAAAAUGACUCCUGGAAUUACGUUCCCAGAAGGAGUAUUUACUGUCGGUCCAGGAGAAUCGAAGACAGCUGAAUUUACUUUCACGGCUCCCACAGGACUUAACGAGAGCAGCCUACCUGUUUACAGCGGCAAGGUCCUGAUCAGCGGUAGCAAUGGCGAGGAGCUAGGUGUUCCUUACUUUGGCAUUGCAUGCGAUCUGAACCAGACUAUCUCCAACAUUUGGGAUUACGGUUCCAGCUUCCCAUUCCUGAACUCAGGUCUUUCCGACACCAGGAUCGCUCAGAAGUCGAACUUUACCUUCAACUUCUCUAGCGACUCGCAAGACUUCCCCAAAUUUUACAGCCAAUUUGCUUGGGGCACGGAGGAGCUCCGCUGGGACAUUAUGGAACCCGGUUAUACGGAGGCAGAGUGGUCCUACCCACCUGUCGUCGGCGCCAACAAGUUCCUGGGGGCUGCUACAAGCUGGAACGGCACAGGCGAAUCAGCCUAUUUCAUCGAAGGAAGGGACAACGAGGAUGAUAUCUUCCCGUUCCCGGUCUUUGACCAGGCGCGCGAUAAGCGAGGCAUAUACUUCUGGCUGGGACGAUUCGCUAACGGUACCAACAUUGUGCCGGGCGUGUAUCAGUUCCGUAUCGCUGCCCUAAGAGCCUUUGGCGACCCAAAGAGCUCAUAUGACUGGGAUAUCUGGGCGACGCCGUUGGUGACGAUACUGCCGAAGAAUGGCAGCAAUAGCACAGUUGCUUCGCGAUAGGUAGUCCACCUCUUUGUAU